UCAGACAGUCUGUUUUUGCUGCAGUGAACGGUAGCCGUGGAGAAAGCGAGCGAGAGAUACAGAUACAAACACACAGAGGAAGAGAGAGAGAACGCUGGGAAAGAAAAGCAAGAAAAACAAACAGAAAAGGAGAUACAAGAAGGGGGGAAAAAGUCGAUGAAAGCAGAUUGAGAGAAGGAUCCCGACGAGCUGCGCAUCUAAAGGAGGGACCUUACUGGGGGACCUUACUGGAGACCAACAAAACCCCGACUCCGGAGGCUUAAUAUAACGGUGACACUCCAGAGCUCCUCUGCCCUCCUGAGGAUUCAGUGAGACAGGCGGAUCUGUGUGCCCGACCAUGGCCUUCCCAUCAGCCCCCUCUGCAUUAUGGAGUGUCAGCUUAUUGACGGUACUAUUCGCAGCUGCGGUUCACAGCAACAUUGUCUAUGACGACGACCCCUUGCAGCCGGUGACCUCAGAUGAGACGGUGUCCGUCGGAGGGACGGUGACGCUGACCUGUCGGGUGGCCGAGAGCGACAACUCCUCACUGCAGUGGUCCAACACCGCACAGCAAACCCUGUACUUUGGAGAGAAGAGAGCGCUGAGAGAUAACCGCAUCCAGCUGCACCGCUCGACACCGACCGAGCUCUCCAUCACCAUCGCCGACGUGCAGCUGUCCGACGAGGGCGAGUACACCUGCUCCAUCUUCACCAUGCCGGUCCGCACCGCCCGAGCCACCGUCACCGUGCUAGGUGUGCCCGGUAAACCUCAGAUCUCGGGCUUUGAGAAUGCAGUGCCAGAGGGGGACAAAGUCACCCUGACCUGCACCAGCACCGGCAGCAAACCUCCCGCCAGGCUGCGCUGGUACAGAGGAGACGAGGAACUGGAAGGGCGUCCGAACGUGGUGGAGCCCGUUCCGGAUGACCCCACAUACAACGUGAGCAGCGAACUCACCCUGACAGUGAGCAGCAGCGACGACAACGCCUUCAUCACCUGCGCCGUCGACCACCCCUCUCUCGCCCCAGGGGACAAGAGGAGCGAGCAGGCCCUGCGAGUGCUGUUUUCCCCAAAAGUGCAGAUCCAGCCAGAGAGCGAUCUGCCGAGAGAGGGGGAGAAGUUUUCUCUUCGGUGUUUGGGCGACGCCAACCCCGAGCCCACUUCCUACAUAUGGGAGAAGAAGGACGGAGAGCUCCCCUCGCUGGCCAAAGCUGAAGGUGCCGUCCUGCAUUUCUCAAUGCUCAACAAAUCAGAUAAUGGCAUCUACCUCUGCCACGCCGACAACGGCAUUGGAAACGGCCAGGGGGAGUACGUUCUCCUGGUGCAAGAUCCUACAGACCCAGACUCCCCCGACUCCCUCGUCCCCUCGCUCGGCUCUCCAAGCUCUUCAUCCUUCCUUCCCUCUUCCACUUCCUCCUCCUUCUCCUCUCCUGACUUCUUCGGGUCUGGCUCCGACUCCUCCGACUUCUCCCUUGACGUCUCCACAUCCAGCCCCAAAUUCACCACCACCCUCUCCAAUGCCCUCUUCCCUGACCUGCCAUUCUCUCCCGACUCCUCCUCUCCCUCAACCUCCUUGUCCUCUUCCCUGACUCCCUCCCACGUGAGCAUCACCCCUCCCACUGCCACUCCCUCCUUCUCCUCCUCCUACACCCCAGCCUCCCCCUCCUCCUCCUCCCUUACUCCCCCAGUUUCCGUCCAGCUGAAUGGAAUUUACACUUUCACAGACGAUGCAGUCAACAUUCCAGACCCUACUGCCAUGUCGACCUCUUCAGGGGUGGACCACGCCGUGAUCGGAGGGGUGGUAGCCGUUAUCGUCUUCAUCCUGCUUUGCCUCCUCAUCGUCCUCGGCAGAUACCUCAUCAGACACAAAGGAACAUAUCUGACCCAUGAGGCCAAGGGUUCGGACGACGCCCCCGACGCCGACACGGCCAUCAUCAAUGCUGAAGGAGGCCACUCCGGAGCAGAGGACAAGAAGGAGUACUUCAUCUAGACAGAGGACAGAGUGGUGGAGGAAAGGAGCGGGAGGAGGAGGGAAAGUUGGAGGAUGUGGAAGGAGAGGAGAAAGGGAGGGAGGGAAGGAGUGAAGGAAAAAAAACCUCCAUUUGUUUUCACGACGCUUCAGUUCUUCACUCGGUUGGAGGGAUGAUGGGAGGGGACGGGAGGGAAAGAACUGCGGGGCAGGAGAAAGCGACGGGUCGAGCUUCAACUGGUACUACCCUCUUUGCAUUGAUACAGGGAAGUGAGAUUCUUUGGCACUGACAUACGGAUGAACUGAAGUCAGCCACACUCAGACACAAACAUACAUACAUGAGUCGGUUCUCGUGGGUGGGGGGGGAUCUCUUCACUCAUACAGACUCUGAUUAACAAACCUCCUCCCGGUAACACAUCCCUAACUAGCAUCCUGUGUCUAAAUUGUAGGCGCCACGAAAAAGCAAAAUUGUAAGUCACAUUCCUCGAGCUGAUAUUUCACUUCUCUCCUCGGCAUUCAAACCAGGUUUUCACCUUUUUUUGUCCUCCUCCAUCUAACCAGGCGGAUUCCCCUCUGUAAACAGUCCUUGUGGCAGAGAAGGAAAAAUGUUUCAGAAACAAAUCAUUUUUAUACCAUCGAACCUCUUCCCAUUGACCUCACAAACGCCCGGUACGAGCCGUCAACGUAUCCGCAGUGCACCGCCACAAAAAACACUCAUGGAAAAAUAGCAUUCCCACCUUUGCGCUACCAAGCCGAGGGGCUCCAGUAUACAUAUAUAAAUAUAUAUAUAUAUAUAUAUAUAUAUAUAUAUAUAAAAAGUUAUAUAGCAUUCUUUUUACUUGACAGAAAAUGUUUGGUGUGCUGUAAAUACACUCUUUCUCUCUGUCCUGUUUCUACCCUCUGUCUCUCCUUCUUCUCUCUACAGCUCACUCUCUCCUGUAUCUCAUACGGUCUGUUACUGCAUUACAGUAACUUAUAUACUCAAAAAAAGCCUGCCUGUUUUUAUUACAUGUGUGGAAAUGCAGAGUCAAAAAUAUCAAUAUCUCGGGAAAAAAAAAUGAAAAUAACAACACAGAUGAUGCGAUGAAAACUAACCUUAAACUGCAAAUAUUUGUAUGAAGAAUGUUUUCCUUCUUUUUUGUUUUGGACCUUUUAUUCCUUUUUAUUUUGGUUUUUAUGAGAGGUUUUCUCUCGUCGUUGUCUCGGUGUGUUACUGUCAGUGUUAACAGUUUACAGUGUCUGUCAGUCCAUGAAUCUAAUUUCCCAACUUUUGAUUUUGAGGUUUUUCGGGUUUUGGUGCUGUUCACUUUAUUGACUUUUCUGUUUUUCUGUGUACUCAGUGCCGCCAUUUUGUCCCCCCUUGCUUUUGUCGGCCCUAAACACUAAUCUGUAGCAAGACCUCGGUCGAACUUGGCUUCAAAAAGAUAUCCGAGUGUUUGGUGGAGUUUGUCUGGAGACGUGGUGUUCCUUCCACUUGGCCCCUGCUGAACCUGCCGCUCACCUUUGCCGUUUUUCUCCCUGCAGCAGACUCGCUUGUCUUGGCGAGGCCGCCCAGCACUAAAUCCAUUGAGCGGUGACAUCAUGACUUCCUCUAAGGAGCUGGCACUUUGCUGCUUCUGGAGGUGAAAAUGCCAAACAGGACUGCAUACAUGCAUUAUGACAAACGUCCUGGCAAAAAAAGGAAAAAAAAUCCUUUUCGUUUCUUUUUCUGCGUGUGUGUCACUGUUGCAGACAGGCAUCAUUCACCAGCUUAGCAAAAGGUUCCCAUAAAUGAACAAUGUUUUAUUAAGGUUGGGAGUUCGCCUUGGCACCGGCGAGCUCCACUUGGCCCAGUCAUGGAAAUUGAUUGCAAUCUAACUAAGAGGCUCUGGGCUCCAGACUGUACACAUGCCAAGGUUUGGUUUGGCGGGCAGCGUGCCGAGCUGGAGUCUGGGCUGCGGUAUAACGCUGAAGAAAAGUCAUUUAGGAAACUCAAACGUCCUCUUCUCGUUUUCCUCCCUCCUCUCCACCGUCCGUUUCUUUUCAGUCUUUAAUCAAUCAUCCCGUCUGCGUCCUGAUCCACCUUCACCCCCGUCUCCCCUCUUUCCUCAUCGCUUCUCCCCCCUCCAGCUCCAACUCUAAUCGAUUUCUCCUUGCCGGGCAACUCUCCGUCUCUUCAUCCAGAAAGUCCACGUAGACGAACCGUAGAUGUAGCGUCUCUAGACGGCUCUUCGCUUCUGGAGAAGAAUCCAUUUGCUGCCCGUAGACAGUUACGUCUGUGAUAGUUUUUGUACACCUUUUUUUCUUUUCCGGGAAUGUUCAGGGACUGUACUUUUCCCCCCUCUAUGUUGUUGCUACUUAGCUGGCGAGUCGCUCAGCUAGUACGCUAAUAUAAGCUAGCUAUACUAUAAACGGUAACCUGAAGCAGGGUCAGCUGUUGUGCUGUUUUUUAUUUCUUCUAUUAGCAUCUGUAGUGUAAACUUGGCUUAAACGGUGCUUGAACUCCCAAUUCAAGGUGAAAUCAGACCGCUGUUUAACUCAUGUUUUUCACUGUUUGCAGAUCAGAGAAUCAUCUUUGUCUCGCGGAGUCAAGCGUCCACUUUUGGACAGAUGUUACCACUGAUUUAUAUUUAACCCCCGAGUCUAAUCCUGCUCUGUGAAUGGAGAAAAAGGAAAAACCUGCCUCAUACUCGACAAACUGUAGUGUCUUUUUACGAACUAAUGGACCUGUAUUUGCCUGUAACUUAUCGUCCUGUCCUUUUCGUCUUAGUUAAUGUGCUAGCAUGUAGCUUGCAUGAAAAAUGGUUGGGAAACUGUAGAUAGUGUUGGAGAUGAGAUGUGCUGACGAACUUCUCUCCGGAGACGAGCUGCCCAGCUGACCUCGCUGCUGUUCUCUGAUCUGCAAACGCUGUCCCAGUUAUAUCCAUCUGUAGCUCCUCAACACGGCAGAAAAACACCCAUCAACUAGGACUCAUUCUGCUUUUUCUGCUACAUUAAAAACCACAUUCGGGGGCACAGCGGCGUUGAUUCAUGAGGUCGGCUUAAUUGUAUUUCAUUGCAUUCAUGCAAUAAUAAUUAGCUGUCACCAGAUGCCAGCAAACAACAGCUUUUCUUCUCCCUCUUCAGUCAGUUCAAGCUGUCCUGCCCCAGCAACUCCUCUUCAGGCAGUCGCACACUAUCUGCCGCUUAGCUCCUUUUUUUCUUCUUUUUUUCCGUAGGAUAAACAAAUUGAUUUUUAAAUUAUGUUUUGUAAAAGGUGUGCAUAAUCUUAAAUUUUCAGUUCAAUUGAUUUCUCUCUCUUUUAAAUUAGAUUAUCCAAAAGUUGAAGGUUAGAAAUUUAGUUUUUUUUGUUGCAUAUUUUAUUGUUUCAACAACCAUUUUUAUAUAAUUUCAUGUAUAUAGUGUUGCCUUUACUGGAUACAAGUGCACCCAUACAUACUUCACACACACACACACACACACACACACACACACACACACACACACACACACACACACACACACACACACACACACACACACACACUUUAGGGUACAUACACAUCCACACACAUAUUUUGAUAUGCACAGCAGGCAUGAUGUCUGUUCCUAUGGUGUAUUUGUACAUAUGUGUGUGUAUGUGUGUUUGUGUAUGAAUGUGAGGUGUGUAUUAAUUGACCCAAAUAGACUCCGGAGACACUCUCAAUGUGUGUUGCAUUCACAAAAAAAACAACAAAAACAUUCUUAUUUCAGUGACUAUAAACAAUGUCUUUGUUUUCAGCGUCAUUAUUUUGGAUGACAAGUCUUCCUUUUGAAAUAAAUAUCCAUAUCACAUGGGAGUAGUGCUGUCAUGUAUGUUAAUUUGUACUAUGGCUGAUGAUGUCAUCAAGGCGAGACCCAACCGCAUGCUGUGGAGGGUAUUGCAUCUGUUGGCUGUUUUGUUCAUGAAGUAUCUGUUUCUUUUGAAUUUGUUUGUUUUUGGGGUUUUUUUUGGGGAGUUUUUUUGUGGGGUUAAAAUACCAGUUCAGUUGUUGACUUCAAUAAACAUGCAUUUGGGUUAAUUUCA